AUGAUAAUAGCUGCUGCUAGUCAACUACAAGAAGACUUGGAACGAUUAAAAAACUGGGGUCAGACUUGGACAGUUGAAUUUGAGCCUACCGAGAGUCAGUGUCUCACUGUGUCCAACAUGAAGGACAUCCAAAAUCAUUCACCUAUCAUGUUCCAAUGCCAGGUUGUCAGCUUCUUGAGCUUCUCGCAAACUGGAAUGGAAGAAACGUCUAAAGAAUAUCACUCGCACUGCUGGUCAGCGUACUUCAAUGCUGCAGAGAUUGGGUCCAUAAUCCUUGAAUUGACUGACAGUAAGAUGAUUGUUCAUCAUUUUGGACCUCCUCCUGAUGGUUAUACUCCUGGUCAACACUGGGUCACACAAGUCAUGAAACAGGUACCAAAACGGAAUCGAUGUCAGUCUACUAAAAAAGACUGUCAGGCUUUGUUUGAUGCUGGGUACAAAGAAAGUGGUAUCUACACUAUCCAUCCCUUCCAGAAUGACGACGGAAUGAAGGUGUUUUGUGAAAUGACGAAUCAAACAGGCUGGAUUGUUGUCCAGCGGCGCUAUGAUGGAUCAGUAAAUUUCAACCGCACUUGGGCAGAAUAUAUGAAUGGCUUCGGUUCUUUGGAUGGUGAGCUAUGGCUUGGCAAUGAGAUUCUACAUAAACUAACUGAUGCUGGAGGGAACUGGACAAUCCGUCUGGUCCUAACCAAUGAAGAAAACACAACGGGUCAAUUGCUUGAGACACAGUUUCACGUCGGACGUGUCGAUUACACCAUGUUUUUGGAGCACUCCAAGAUACAACCAACUGUUGUUGGAUAUUGUAGACACAAACUGGGAAUGGAAGACGGGAGUAUUACUGAUGAUAGGAUCACGGCAUCCAGUUAUAACAAUUUAUACUAUCCGCCAAGAAAUGCACGACUGAACCUGAAAAGUUGUUGGUUCCCAGCCGAUGAAGAACUCGAUGAUUCAUGGCUUCAAAUAUACAUGGGUGCAGAGACUUGGCAAAUCGAGGGUGUCAUCACACAGGGCUUUUAUGGUAAUGAUUUCUAUACGACCCAAUACCAGGUACAAUACAGCACUGAUGGCACUGCAUGGCUGUAUGUUAAAGGAGCCUCUAAUCCACAGACAUUCAAAGGCAACUCUGAUAGCAACACUCAAAUUACCAAUAUGUUCCAGCAACCUUUUCAAGCACGGUACAUCCGCUUCAGACCAACAGCCUGGGAAACAUACCCAGCCCUACGUGUUGAACUCCUCGGCUGCAGAGUUAAUAAAGUCUGUCACCAGAAGCUUGGAAUGGAAGACGGUACCAUUCCUGAUGAAAGCAUAACGACAUCGUCUACUGACUACCUGGAAUGCACAGAUCACCCUAAAGGAAGGCUAGAGGUGUUCGGUGGCUGGUGUCCCAAAUUGAACGACCUAAACAGUGCAUGGUUCCAAGUGGAUCUAAAGCUCCCGGUACUGAUUCAAGGUGUUGUUACACAGGGUAGAUACGACAACGAGUUGUACUGGGUUACAGAGUUCAUCGUAUCUUACGGUGACGACGAGCAAGACAUGCGCUUCAUAGGAGGGACAAAUGAGGGCAGUGCACAGAAAUUCACUGGAAAUACAGAUAGAGAUACAAAAGUAACUAACACGUUCAAUGAGAAAGUAAGAGCGCGCCACAUUCGCAUCACACCAACUGGGUAUCGUGAUCGUCCAGGACUGCGCAUUGAAAUAAUUGGAUGCAAUGAACGCUGGUAUUGUUUGGAUCGUCUUGGAAUGGGAGAUGGCAGCAUUCCAGACUUCAGAAUCACAGCAUCAAGUACACAGCAGAGGGAAGAUGGUAACUGUCAACCAAGCAAUGCACGACUGACUCAAUCAGCAAACAACAAUACUAUUGGCUGGUGCCCUGAUCCCAAUGACAACAAACCAUGGUUACAAAUUGAUAUGGGAUUUAAAGUCAUAAUGGAGGGAGUUAUGAUGCUGCAAGGAUCUGAUCAGGGAACCAGUGUAGAAAUGAAUUACGGGUACCAGCUAGAAUACAGUGAUGGCCAGAGCACUUGGGUUACUAUGAGCUCAGGCCAGAUUUUAAGAAGAAAGAACAAAGCAGACUUGGUAGCUACAAGUAUGUUCCAUCCACCAAUCACUGCUCGUUAUAUUCGCAUCAUACCAAACCAGACUGAUGGCUCUUCAUGGAUACGUGUUGAACUACUUGGAUUACGCUGGGUAUGUGGACAACGCCUUAAUAUUAAGAGAGCCCUCAGCACUCCCUACGAACCACUGAGGACUUCGAUUGACGUACUGCUAGUAACUUUAGUUGAGGGAGUCAUAGCAGAAGGGGCAAAUGAACCGUCAUUUCAGGUAGAAUACAGUCUCGACGGCACUACCUGGGUCUACGUUAGCCACAGGGGAGCACCUGAAGGAGAACCUCAGACGUUCCGUGGUAACAUUUAUGGGCUAUCCGCACCGUUAACGAGCAUGUUUGAGCAGCCAGUCAGAGCACGCUUCAUCCGUGUAACAGAAGUUGAUUAUAAAGUUGUGAGAGUUUCAAUUAUAGGAUGCAGAAAUAAUAUUCUUGAGACUGCCAACAAUCAAGCCUUCAGCAUUCACCAUCACACAGAAAAUAACCGAGACGAAACAAACUGCCCGGGUCUGAAUAGUGAAGGAGGAUGGUGGUUUAAUAGAUGCUCUGGUUUACCUGGUGUAGAUAAUAACCUUAAUGCUGAAUAUGUCCAACCUGGUGAUUCUGUGGGUCCAUACAAACGAGUCAUUAGAGCUACUGAAUGGAAUGGGUCUCGUAUUGCAAAGACUGAAAUAAAAAUACGCCGUCAAUCUCCACCUCGUGGUUAA